AACACUGUAUCCAAUGAGAGAAGCAAUUAUAGACUAAAAGAUAACUAGAUAUGGACCAAUUAUUUGCCAAGAGAGGAUAAAUAUGAAGAGAGGUUCCCUCUGUUCAUUCUUAUUCCAGGUCAAAUCUGUUUUUCUAGUGACUUUGCAAUUUUGCUUCCCCACUGUUUAUUGUGUAAAAAUUGUCACUUUAAAAUAGUACAAAAUUAAACUCUGGCAAGUUUUAAUCCUUUGUCUCAUUCAUUGUCAUUGUACAAUGCUAUUUGGCUCUGACUCUUCAACAGAUUAUAUUGUACUACUUUUUAGUUAGUGAUGAAUGGUAGAAUAUAUAAGCACUGUGAACUAGUGAUUUGCAAAUCGGAGGCCAUUAUUCAGCUAUCUAUUUGGACAGGAUUGCUUUAUGAACAUUUAAUAGGUUGAUGUAGUUGUUAUAUAUGCUUCUCUUCAGUUAAAUUUUUCCGAAAGUGGACCAUCACCUGAAAAGGAUUGUUCAGAUGAUAACUUAAAAUCUCAUCACUACCCAUAUACUCUAACAACAGCCGGGAAUGAAUGUCUCUAGCAAUUGGUUCUGUCUGUAAUUCAUUCUCUCUCGAAAAUCACACAGGGCAACAAGGUGAUUCUAACAGUACGUCCAAGCAAAGCAGAAGUGAGAAGAAGAGCCGGAAAGCCAUGCUGAAGCAUGGAAUGAAGUCCAUUCCUGGUGUCAGUCGUGUCGCUGUGAAAAGAAACAAGAAUGUUUUGUUUGUCAUCUCGAAGCCAGAUGUUUUCAAGAGCCCCACUUCAGACACUUAUGUUAUCUUUGGGGAGGCAAAGAUCGAGGACCUGAGUUCUCAGCUGCAGUCGCAGGCUGCAGAGCAGUUCAAGGCUCCUGAUGUCAGCCGCAUGAUCUCCACACCUGAGACAUUAGCCAUGGCUCAGGAUGAUGAAGAUGUUGAUGAGACUGGGGUCGAGCCGAAUGACAUUGAACUGGUGAUGACACAGGCUGGCGUCUCAAGGUCCAAAGCUGUCAAGGCACUUAAAGCUGCUCAUGGGGACAUUGUUUCUGCUAUCAUGGAGCUGACAAAUUAGUGAUGUUUAUCAUGGAGCUGUCAAGUUGAAUGCAUUUUUGUGGUAAAUGUGCUCAUUGAUUAAAAACUAUAUAUAAAGAGAGUUAAACUAGAAUGCAUCCGAGUAUGUUCGAUCUCAAAUGCUUCUCAACAGAAAUCAAUAAUGGAUUUUUUUAGAAUGAAAGAUUCAUUGUUGAUCUUCA